AUGACUUUCACGACUCCUCCGCCAUCAGAUCAGGAGGAUGAUGAUGAGAUCAUGACUCCCUCGCGGUCAGACCAGGAGGUUGAAGGUCCUCAACCAAAGAAAGUCUCACCAGCAGAAGCUGUUAGUACAGUGGAAAAUCAGGAUCCUGAAUCUUUGAAAUUUAUCUGGAAGAUUAAGAAUUUUUCUAGGCUGAAGUAUAAAGAAAGACAUUACUCUGAUGUUUUCACUGUUGGUACGUAUCAAUGGCGUGUGAUUAUGUUUCCCCAGGGAAACAAUACAGAUCGUCGCUUAUCCAUGUACCUUCAAGUUGCGGACUUGGCUAGUUUGUCAUAUGGAUGGAGUAGGUGUGCACAGUUCAGUUUGGCAGUAGUCAGUCAAAUCCAUGACAAAGACACGGUGAGACGUUAUGCGCCAGAACACCUAUUUAAUGCGCGAGUAACUGAUACGGGUUUUCAAUACUUCAUGCCUCUUCGUGAACUGUACGACCCAAGUAGAGGGUAUCUCGUAGAUGAUACUUGUAUAGUUGAAGCAGAGGUUAAGAUCAAUGAAGACUACUGGAAUUAUGAUUCUCGAAAAGAAACGGGUUUUGUUGGUCUUACGAAUCAGGGAGCAACAUGUUAUCUGAACUCUCUUCUCCAGACACUCUAUCACAUUCCUUAUUUCAGAAAGGCGGUGUACAAUAUGCCAACAACUGAGAAUGAUUUCACAUCAGGAAGCUACAUCCCUUUGGCUCUACAGAGUUUGUUUUAUAAGCUUCAGUGUGAUAAAAAUAGCGUCUCGACCAAGGAGCUCACCAAAUCUUUCGGAUGGAAUACACAAGAGUCUUUCAUGCAACGUGAUGUGCAGGAACUUAACAGGGUUCUGUCUGAAAAGCUUGAAGAUAAAAUGAAGGGAACUGCUGUGGAGGGUGCGAUACAACACAUGUUCGAAGGUCACCAUAUGAAUUACAUUGAAUGCAUCAACGUGGACUACAAAUCUACUAGGAAGGAGUCAUUUUAUGACCUUCAACUUGAUGUAAAAGGCUGUCGGGAUGUUUAUGCAUCUUUUGACAAGUAUGUGGAAGUGGAGCGUCUUGAAGGUGAUAACAAGUAUCAUGCUGAUCAACAACAUGGAUUACAGGAUGCGAAGAAGGGUGUCCUUUUCACCGACUUCCCGCCUGUUCUCCAGCUCCAGCUAAAACGGUACGAAUAUGAUGUUAUGCGGGACACUAUGGGAAAGAUAAAUGAUCAGUACGAAUUCCCCCUGCAACUUGAUCUUGACAGGGAGGAUGGAAAAUACUUAUCUCCAGAUGCUGAUAGAAGCGUCCGCAAUCUCUACACACUUCAUAGUGUUUUGGUUCACAGUGGUGGGGGAAAUCGUGGGCACUACUACGCUUUUAUAAGACCAACACUCUCAGAUCAAUGGUUCAAAUUCAAUGAUGAACGAGUAACAAAAGAAGAUACCAUGUGGGCAUUAAAUGAGCAAUACGGUGGUGAGGCAAGAUAUUCAAAUGCAUAUAUGCUCGUGUAUAUACGUGAAAGUGAUAGAGAUGAAAUUAUUUGUAAUGUGGAUGAGAAGGACAUUGCUGAACACCUGAGAAUUAGGUUCAAUAAAGAACAAGAAGAAAAGGAGGCUGAGGAGCUUAAGAAGAAGGAAGAAGCAGAGGCUCGCCUCUAUACAAUUAUAAAGGUUGCUCGAAAUGAGGACUUCUCUAAACAGAUAGGGCGAGAUAUCUGUUUUGAUCUUGUUGAUCACGAGAAAGUUUGCAGUUUUCGUAUCCACAAACAAAUGCGUUUUAACCUCUUCAAGGAGAAGAUUGCUCAAGAGUUUGGUGUACCUGUGCAAUUUCUGCGGUUUUGGGUAUGGGCAGAGGGUACGGAUCAUUCUUAUCGUCCAGAACGACCGCUAACACUUCAGGAGGAGACACAAUUUGUAGGACAGUUAGAAUAUUCAUUUAAGACGGCUUGCCAAGCGGAACUAAAGCUGUUCUUGGAAAUAGAGGUUGGGACGGAGUUACAUCCCAUUCCUCCUCCUUGUUAUAGCCCAAAAGAAGAUAUUCUUCUUUUUUUCAAGCUUUAUGAUGCUGAGAAAGAAGAAAUUCGGUAUGCGGGGCGACUUUUUGUGAAGGGCAGUGGUAAGCCUUUUGAUAUUCUUAAAAAGCUUAAUGAGAUGGCUGGGUUCUCCCCAGAUGAAGAAAUACAACUUUAUGAGGAAUUAGGGUCCAAGUCCACUGUAAUGUGUAAGCACAUAGACAAGACUCUCACAUUCCGCGCUAGCCAGCUUAUAAAUGGGGACAUUAUUUGCUUCCAGAAACUCCCUUCAGCUGAUAGUAUGACAGUAUGCAGGUAUCCUGAUGUUCCUUCUUUUUUUAAAGUUGUUCAUAACCGGCAGAUUGUGCAUUUCCGAUCUUUGAAGAAGCCCAUGGAAGAUGAUUUUUUCUUAGAGUUGUCCAAGGUAUUAACAUAUGAUGAAGUCGCGGAAAUAGUUGCUCGCCGUCUUGGUUUGGAUGACCCAACUAAGAUCAGACUUUUCCGUCAUGACUGUUACUCCCCGCAAGCUAAACCCCAAGCUAUUAGGUACCAAGGUUUUGACCACUUGUCUGAGGUGUUGAUUCAGUACAAUCGGACAACUGAUAUUUUGUAUUACGAAGUCUUGGACAUCCCUUUGCCUGAGUUGGAACGUUUGAAAACUUUAGAGGUCGCAUUCCAUCAUGCAACAAAAGAUGAUGUGGUCGUUCAUAGUAUUAGACUUCCAAAACAAAGUACAGUUGUUGACGUGAUUAAUGAUCUGAAGACAAAGGUUGAGCUGUCUCAUCCAGAUGCGGAACUCAGAUUGCUGGAAGUUGUCCACCACAGGAUUUUAAAGAUUUUUCCGCUUAGUGAGAAGAUUGGGAACAUUAAUGAUAUAUACUUUAGAAACUUAACGCUACGAGCAGAGGAGAUUCUAGAGGAGGAGAAGAACUUGGGUCCUCAGGAUCGCUUGAUUCAUGUUUCUCACUUCACAAAAGGAGCGUAUUUGGGAGCAUAUAUGGAACAACAUUUUGGGGAGCCAUUUUUCUUGGCCGUACAUGAAGGAGAGACUCUAGAUGCAGUCAAACUGCGCAUACAGAAGAAAUUGCAGGUUCUUGAUGAGGAAUUCGCCAAGUGGAAGUUCGCAAUUUUGUCAUCCUUUGGUCGACCUGAGUACCUUCAGGACUCAGAUAUAGUGUCCACUCGCUUUCAGAGAAAAAAUGUUUAUGGAGCUUGGGCGCAGUACCUUGGCUUGGAGCAUUGUGAUAGUUCCCCGAAAGCCGAUCAGAAUAGCCAUACAUUUGCCAAGCCCAGUAAUAAUCUACAACUAGGGUAA